AUGUUGUUCUCUCGUCAGGCACUUAAGCCUUAUUUGGCUGAAUUCCUUGGGACAGCUCUGUUAAUUGUCAUUGGAGAUGGAGUCGUCGCCCAAUGCCUUUUAUCCGAUUACCAGUACGGCACAUGGUUGUCCAUCAACUUGGCAUGGGCGUCUGCUGUCUGCCUCUCCGGCUAUUUGUCUGAGCCCAGUCCUACAAUCAAUCCUGCUGUCACCCUUUGUGUGGCACUGGUUCGACCAUCACAGGGACAGUGGAAGACUAUCCCAGGCAAGCUGGCUGCCCAAUUCCUAGGUGGAUUUGUCGGUGCCGCCCUUGUGUAUAUUAAUUACCGCUCGGCCAUCAAUGCUUGGGAUCCCGAAUACACUAUCCCUGGUGGAUCCAUUCUGAGUCCAAGUGGUCAUCAUUCCGCGGGAAUCUUCUGCACCUAUCCCGCCAACUUUUUCGAGUCCAACUGGGAAGCGGUGUUCUCUGAGGUGUUGGGAUCGGCGGUGCUAAUGUUCGGCUCUUUCAGUAUCUCGGACUCGCGCAAUUCCAACCGCUUCCCGGCUCCACAGCUUUCCGUCUUUUUGCUCCUGCUCUCGAUCGGAGCAGCUUUGGGCUGGCAGACUGGAUAUGCUCUCAACCCCGCUCGAGACUUCGGUCCUCGAUUGUUCUCAGCAAUCCUGUAUGGCCGGGAGGUUUUCACCGCUGCUAAUUUCUAUUUCUUUGUUCCUCUUCUCGCUCCGAUCGCUGGUUGUAUCAUCGGCGCAACGACUUACGACGCAAUGCUGUUCGAGGGGGAUGGAUCUCGUGUUACCGAUGCACUUGACAAGGCUGAGGGUCAAGGAUCUCUCCGUUUGGUCGAUUGA